UCUCAUAUAUGUUUAAUGAGUCGCCUGGCUUCCUCCCAUAAACCCUUCUCUGAUCGAAGGCUCUAGGGUUUUAAGUAAUCGAUAAACUGGUCAAAAACCAAAGCGAGAAGAGAAGGAAAGCGACGUAGUAGAAUCCACAGUCGUCGAAAAGGUUCAAAAUGGCUUUCCUAAGCAAGGUUGGAAGUAUAUUGAGGCAGUCCAUUUCGAAGAAUAUCAAUGCCCAGAACAUUUCUGCGUCCAACCCAUCUAUCCUUCAAACGAUAAGAUGCAUGUCAUCAUCCAAAGUGUUUGUUGGAGGUUUGUCUUUUUCCACCGAUGAAACAAGCUUGAAGGAGGCAUUCACCAGAUACGGAGAAGUUGUUGAGGCAAGGGUGAUUAGUGACCGUGAAACUGGAAGAUCCAGAGGCUUUGGCUUUGUUACGUUUUGCUCAGCUGAGGAAGCUUCUGCUUCUAUCCAGGCCUUAGAUGGGCAGGAACUACAUGGGAGAACAGUGAGGGUCAAUUAUGCAAAUGACCGACCAAGGACCUUUGGAGGUGGUGGUGGAUAUGGAGGUGGUGGUGGUGGAUAUGGAGGAGGAGGGUAUGGAGGUGGUGGUGGUGGAUACGGAGGUGGUGGUGGUGGAUAUGGAGGCGGAGGGUAUGGUGGUGGCGGAUACGGAGGUGGGAAUGAUGGCGGUGGUGGCUAUGGUGGAGGCAACAAUCAAAACCAAGCUGGUGGUUACUAUGGUGGUGGGAACCAAGGUGGUUUUGGAGGUGGUUCUGAGUUGGGACUGGGUGGUUUAGAACAACAAUCGUCUGGUGGUUUUGAGAAUGCUGCUGCAUCUUCUGGUGGUUUUGGUCACCAUGAUACUCUGGACAAAGAUGAUGGUGAUGAUAAGCCUGAUGACUAUGCAAGCAGAAGGGCUUGAAGAUUUCUACAUGGUAAUAACGUGUCUUUGGAACAAACUAUGAUAGAUUUUCCUUGAAAGUAUGUUAUCGACUAGACUUGUUAUGUCUUUUAAACACUCACUUGUAUCUGGUGGUUGUGGUCUAUCUGGUUUCUUUUUGAGAAAAGAGGUCAGAUAAACAAACUUUGAUUCCUGCUGGAUUUUUCAAUUGAUGAAACUUUUUAAAAUCA